UGUAAUGGGUUAGUAAGAACUUGAAAUGAACAAGCUAAUGGGUUGAGUUCAAUUUUUUAUUGUGAUUUGUGUCUAAGUGUUUUAUUGGGUAAUUAAAUAACUGCAACUUGAAAUUUCAAUCCUAAAUUUUAUCACAUGAAUUCAAAUUGAGCUAAAACAAGUCUAAAUAUAAAUCACAAUAAUACGAGUGUACAUUUUAUAGUAAAACAUAGUACCUAGUAAGUCAUAGGUCACAACAUAAACAACAGAUUCACGAGCCUUGAGAAUAGCAGUUUAUACCAACAAAUCUCUAUCACGAAAAUUGCCACAAUCUGUGGAGUCAGGGAAAGGCCUGCGUUAUUCUCUUCCUCCAAAUUGAAGAAUUUGAACUCUUCAUCUGACCUCAUCCCCGUCCAAAAUAGACCGCAGCCUGGAUCAGAGGCCACGAAAACACCUCCAUCCCUAAAUCCAACUCCGUCAACAUUCCUUUUCACUAAAACAUUAUCCCAAGCUUCCAUCAAAUGUCUAAGAACCUGCACGGAAUAUGAUGGCCUCCCUUGUUUCACCACUCAGAAGAAGAAUGCGGUAAUCUUCGAUUCGUGGCAACAACUACACAAGGCUCAGAGCCAUAUCGCAUUUGGAAAGUAGUAGGGAGAUGAAUCUGUGAGUAAGUGUGCACAAGUGUUAAGACCAAAUGAAGAAAAGGAUCUAAAGUUGGAAGAACUUGAAAAAAAGUUCAUCAAUUUCAGGAAUCACUUGCAAGAAUUCUGGAAAUCUCCAUUAAUUUACCAAUCCUCCAAGCAGCGAGCUUGGAUAUAUCAAGCUGCCGGUACGCUUAGCCAAUCGAAGCUCAUCUCAGCGCUUGCUAUUAGAAAUAGUCGUAGAGGUAAAUUCUUGACUCCGAUCAUCCAGUUUGUCCCGAUUGAAAUUCGACCAAUUGGUGGCAGACCUAUCUGAGAUGGAGUGUAAGGGUGGAGCUUUGUGGAUUUCAUUAAUUUGGACAGCCUCAGGUACUUCAAUUCUUUGAGCUGCAUUUUUGUUGCUUCAACUUUCCAGUUAUGAAACAAUUUUUUUUUCUCUGGUGUAUGUUUUGAUCAUUAUUGAAUUGAAAUAUAGACAUAUAUUGUUAAUAGAUAUUCAUACUCAAGAUAUGUGAUGAAAUUAUGUGCGGGAGAGUCUGAGAAAGUAAAUGGGCUUUUCUACAGGUUUUAUUAUGUAUAUUUCUAUAUGGACAGAAAUCAAAUAUGGAGAUGCCUAAGAAGGUAUUUCAGGAAACUUAGUAUCCCUAAUAAACUUGAAGUUGACAGGUUACAUUUAUAGGUAUUUCCCAAAUUCGUUCUUAUCGAUAAUGCUUUGCUACUUGCGAAUCCAACAAAUCUAGAAGCCUUGAUCACAUUGCCUGUUUUUGCCACCCCCUUUAAGUUCCCGAACUCUACCCGUUCUUCUUUUGCAUGAAAAGCUAAAAUUUACAACUCUAUAAUGACGUUGUAUUUGAUUUCAAGUUGGCAUGGGAGGUUUCGUUCUAAAGCUGGUGAUUAUGAUGCAAGCAAGAUAUUUCAUGAUGUUUCAAGAAUAUAGUUUGUUGCUUCACGAUCUUUAAAUUUGUUGAUUGCUUUCCCUUUAAGUUAAUUCAUUGAUUGCAGAAUGGUUCCCUAACUUCUCUUUGAUUUUCAGAAGCUGUUCCAUAGCCAUGCUUGACAAGACAUCAUGUUGCGAGCCAUUUACGAUCUGUGUUAUUAUUCAAAUUCCCUUACUUCUCUUUGAUUCUCAGAAGCUGUUCUGUAGCCAUGCUUGACCAGACACAUGUGAGCUAUUUACAGGUCUGUGUUAUUCUUCAAGUUCUGUUUAGGGGUGGACAAGACACAUGUUUCUGCAUUUUUUAUUUUGAUGAUUACUUCUUGUGUCUACUUACUCUCAUAUGAAUUUGAUUGACUUUUCUCUAAAAUCAUUAAUCAGUGCAAGAUCAUGAGGUUUGGGCAAAAAACAAGGAUUAUUAUUAAUGCCACAAGACUAAAGGGGUAUUAGUGAAUAGUCUUAAUUGCCAAAAUCAAAAUUAUUUAGAUUAAUGCCAAAGUCAAUAAUCUGCCAAAAUUAGGUCAGGACUUUUAGUUCUUAUUGUUCUUUCAUAAGUAGAUUAAUUAUACUUUGCGUUAAUAUAAUUACCCAUUCUCUUAAAGAUAUACAAAAAGUCUAUAAUGGUUGUUAUAUUCGGUUUAACAAGAACUCUUUAAGACAUAAAGCCAUCACUAUUGGAUUUAGGGAUAUAUAUCUUUAAGGCAAUUUGGAAGAGUGAUCCCCAACUCUAUUGUAGUUCUCCUUUUGACUUUCAGGUUUGUGAUUUUAUAGGCUACGUUUGAGCUGAAGAACUUCUCUCUUAAAGGAUGUAUGCUAGGUGAGAGUCAUAAUGAUGAUAUACUUUAUCACAUGCUACAUCUUACAAGACCAUCAGUCCAGGGAAGAUCUGUACUUAUCAAGUCUAGACUAGAAAUGAUACAUUUGUUCAAGUACAUCUUUUACACUCACAAUUGGCCAAAUAAAUGUACAUUUCCUUUAUGUAUGUAUCCAUGUGUUUGUAUGGAAUGUAAACUAAUGUUCAAGCAUUGUGCACUGCACUUUAUGCCCACAGCUGCUCCCCUGUCACCUCAUGAAUUCAUUUUACACCAAGAGUAUAUAUCUUCAACAUGCACUAUAUUAGCCCCAAUAAAUCCUUUGACGUAUCCUGCAUACAUUAAAAAAAAUAUUAAUGAGGGAAUAAAAGAACUCAAUAAUAAAAGAUUGGCCAAUACACGGACAGAAUAUAAGAUAAAAUACUACAGCAUGUAUUUAGUCAGCCACUCACCCAUAGUGAUAUUAAAGAUUAGCCGUUGAUAACCUAUGGGUUCUCCUAGGUUGGCCUUUCUGCACACCAGCCCCUCUCUAUCUAAUAAAUAAGUGUUGUCAUCAAUAUAGUUGGUUACUUGGGUUGUUUCUUAUGCCAUCUUUGGCAAAGCAAACUCAGACAAAAAUAGAGCUCAACUCAUAGAUCACUUCUGAUCAAACAAUUCCAAUGAUAGCCCUAGUUUGAGAAAGAGAGAGAGAAAGAGAUUAUUUACCUGAACUUCUUAUAAUGAUUCCACCACCUCACAAUUACAUUUGUUGGCAAGAAGGUAGUAUAAGGGUAUGUAUCCUUUGUUGUGAAAUUUGACUCCAAUGACUUCUCCCAUACGAUUUAUAAGUGGCCCACCAUCGUCGGGCUUUGGAUUUAGGUAAAAACAAACAAAGAAUUACAGGAGAAUAAAACAAAGAAUGUAUCUAUGAACAUCUGUCCCUGACCUUCACCAAGAAAUGAAGGCAUCACCAAUAUUUUUAGAAACUGCCAUUUCUGCAACUAUGAUCCUGAAAAUUUGGUCAGUGCUAAUACAAUUGAGUGACAAAACUAUGAAGCAUGUUUAGAGGUUGCAAAGAGCACAAUGCAUAUCACCAGUACUGACACCAAAAACAGAGUUGCUGAAUGUUAAAGCAGCCAUAAGCAGGAUAAGCAUAACCAAAGAUUAAUCUGUAAAUUAAGCAAAGCAACAAUACUUAAGAGAUCCAUCAAUCGACGCCCUUCCAACUCUGUUCAUUAAGCUUCUGUCAUCGCCGUACCAACUGUUGGUUCCUUGAUUCCUUCAUACACAACCCGCCAGUACCCCUUUGGCGUCAAGAAUUUCUCCAUCAACAUGUUGUAAUGAUCAUAAUAACCACCAAAACGAGGAAUUACAGGUUGAACAAAGUGCUUGUUAGAAGCCAUUGUUGCUGCAGGAAAUUUUUAACUCGCAACACUCUCGACUUGGCUCUGUACCACUGACAGUGCACUGACACCUCCAGACAGGCUCAAGACGAUAAUACCAUUGCAAGCGUUGAGCUCAAAAAUAAGGAAACAGUAGUAGUAAUUCAAAAGGAGGAGACAAUGACCGAAAGAUAGAUACUUCACAAAGGAAUCGUCAAUGUGUCUCGCAUGGAUGUAUUCAACAGUGCAACCACCAGGCAAGAUGUGCUCCACCGCAAGGAGAGCGUCGUCACCACCGGCGGUGGGAUCUGUGUCCACCCACGGGGGCUCAUCCUCACGGUGGAGCACAUCUUGCCUAGUGGUUGCACUGUUGAAUACAUUCAUGCGAGACACAUAGAUGAUCUGGGAUUAAGAUGGAAUUGCGUGUUCGUGGCCUCCGAUGCUGGAUGUGAUCUAGGGCUGUUUUGGGUGGGGGAGAGGCUGGAACUCGAGGAGCAGUUUGAAUGGGUUAACCUGGAGGAGGAGGAGAGUAAUCGAUUAGAUGGUCUUGCCGUGGGAGACCGAGUGUUCUCCUUCGUGCAUCGCCUCAAAAUCCCCUACUCCUACUUCAAAGGGGUUGUGGCUUACCCUUUGCCGACGGCCUCUAGUAUAGAUUUGGAUUAUGGCAGUAUCAUUUCAAGAGCAAGGGCGGAGGAACUGAGUGAAUGGGAGGAUACUUCCUUUGCUACGAGGGAACUUCGUCUCACGCCACUUGGCCACUGCUAUGCGGCUUGCACCGGACGCUCCGCCCCCUUCCUCUGUGGACCUUCUCAGCAAAUCAUGAGAGGGAGAGGGAGCACUUUGAUGAAGGGUCCUCACUCUGGGAAGGGGGGCGGCGGCGGCCAUCACAAGAGGGGUCCCCCCUCUGGGAAGGGGAGCAGCAGCCAUCACAGGAUGAAGUUGCGGUUCAAAUGAUGGUUGUUGGGAACUCAUGCUUUUAGUUUAGUUUUACUUACUUCAUUAGUCUUAACUUUUAUGGAGUCAUUAUGGUGUUUUCUAAUUUGUUAGCUUUAUUCCAUUCUAUGAUGUCCCCUGCCUAUACAAUUAGGCUUAACUAUCUGAAAUAUGUAUGUGAAGUAUCUAUCUUUCGGCCAUUGUCUCCUUCUUUUGAAUUACUACUACUGUUUCCUUAUUUUUGAGCUCAACGUUUGUCUAAGAGCAUCGCAAACCAUAUGAUCCAUCGUCUCAAAUUCAUUUAAAUCAUCAAUCAGAAUCAACUGAGUCAUCUCUAAUAUCAAACAUUGGCUUAUCCUCCCCGUGUUCUGUCCAUGUCCAAUAAUUAGGCUGAAAUCCAUAUUUGUAUAAAUGAGCUCUUAAAUCUGUUUCACUUAAUAUGUUCAUGCAUUCACAUUUCACACAUGGACAUCGAAUCCCUCCCUCUGAUAAAAAUUGUGGAAGUUCCUUUGCUUUUCUAACGAAUUCUUUCACCCCUUCAAUGAAUUCAGUUUUCAACCCUUUUCUCCCAGGAUAAAGUCUCUCAUACAUCCAAGUACGAUCCAUAUUCUGCAUCUUAAUAAAAAUUUAUUUAAACAUAUUUGUAUUCCAUAAUGGGAACCUUAUUUUUGGGCAAGGGAGUAUAAAAAUAAAUUAUAAUGGUAAUAAAUAUAUUACGAUAUG